UAAGCUAUUAGGACGGAUGAAGACUGGAGGAUCUAUACGGAUUUGGGCACAUAAUGUUGGGAUGGAGUUGCAAGACUUUGGCUCAAGGAAAGACUAGAAUAUAUUAUCCAAACUUUUACCCGGUGGAUGCGCUAGUAUUCUAUCUUGGAUUAUUGUCGCGUUUGCUAUACUCGCACUGUUUCUCUCUUGCUUUGCUCUGUGCUUUGUUUUCUUGUUUGGACUAUGGCCUCGGAUCCCAGAGUCCCAGGGUCCGGUGUUUUUGGAGAUUUACCCCCAAAUUAUAUGCGUUCUCCGCCGCCAGUAAACUCAGAUCUUCUCCGGAGACCCAGCUACUGCCAUGCUGCUUUCGCAUUAAAACAGAUUUCUAAGGGGAAGGCUGUGGGUCAGAAAGCCCCAUUGUGGGUUCGGGCGAGGUUCCAGGCUCUUCUAUUUUCUUUGGGCUGUCACAUCCAGCGACAUUGUGGAAAAGUCCUUUUCAUUGGACUGCUUGUGUUCGGUGCCUUGUCUGUGGGUUUGCGGGUCGCUGCCAUUGAGACGGACAUUGAGCAACUAUGGGUUGAAGCCGGUAGCCGAGUGAGUCGGGAGCUGCGCUACACCAAGGAGAAACAGGGAGAGGAGUCUGUGUUCACAUCACAGAUGCUCAUACAAACCCCCAAACAGGAAGGGACUAACAUUCUGACCCAGGGUGCUUUGCUGCUUCACCUGGAGGCAGCGCUCUCGGCCAGCAAGGUCCAGGUGUCUCUGUUUGGAAAAUCAUGGGAUCUCAAUAAAAUCUGCUACAAAUCUGGUGUCCCUAUCAUAGAAAAUGUCAUGAUUGAAAGGAUGAUUGACAAGCUGUUCCCCUGUAUGAUUGUUACCCCACUGGACUGUUUCUGGGAAGGUGCAAAGCUCCAGGGGGGGUCAGCAUACUUACCGGGGAUGCCUGACAUCCAGUGGAUGAACCUGGACCCUCUGAAGCUGAUGGAGGAGCUCAGCCAGUUCACCAGUCUGGAGGGCUUCAGGGAAAUGCUGGACAAGGCCCAGGUGGGUCACGCUUACAUGAACCGCCCCUGCCUGGACCCCAACGACCCCGAGUGCCCCCUCAGCGCCCCCAACAAGGACCUGAGAGAGAGUCCUGACAUUGCCGGGCGGCUCCAAGGCGGUUGCCACGGCUUCUCCAAAAAGUUCAUGCACUGGCAGGAGGAGCUUAUCCUGGGCGGCCGGGUCAAGGACACCCAGAAUGCUUUGCAGAGUGCGGAGGCCCUCCAGACCAUGUUUCUCCUGAUGAGCCCCAAGCAGCUCUACGAGCACUUUAAGGACGACUAUGAGAUCCAUGACAUCAACUGGAACGAGGACAAGGCCACCGCCAUCCUGGAGUCCUGGCAAAGGAAGUUUGUAGAGGUGGCUCAUGGCAGUAUCCCCCAGAAUUCCACUUCAGAGAUCCACGCAUUCUCCACCACCACCCUCAACGACAUCAUGAAGUCCUUCUCUGAUAUCAGUGUCAUCCGGGUGGCUGGAGGCUACCUGCUCAUGCUGGCCUAUGCCUGUGUGACCAUGCUCCGUUGGGACUGUGCCAAGUCCCAGGGGGCCGUGGGGCUGGCUGGCGUGCUCCUGGUGGCUCUGUCUGUGGCAGCUGGCCUGGGGCUGUGCUCUCUGUUGGGCCUGUCCUUUAACGCUGCCACCACACAGGUUCUCCCCUUCCUGGCUCUGGGGAUCGGUGUGGAUGACAUGUUCCUUCUGGCCCACUCCUUCACUGAGACUGGCAUCAACAUCCCCUUUAAGGAGAGGACAGGGGACUGCCUGAGGAGGACUGGCACCAGUGUAGCGCUCACCUCCAUCAACAACAUGAUCGCCUUCUUCAUGGCAGCCCUGGUCCCCAUCCCAGCACUGCGUGCCUUCUCUCUGCAGGCGGCCAUUAUUGUGGUGUUCAACUUCGCCAUGGUGCUCCUCAUCUUCCCGGCCAUUCUGAGUUUGGACCUGCACCGUCGGGAGGACAAGCGUCUGGACAUCCUGUGUUGUUUCUACAGCCCCUGCUCCUCCCGGGUCAUCCAGAUCCAACCCCAGGAGUUCUCCGAUGCCAACGACAACACCACCACCACCCACAGCCAUGCGCCUGGCACCCAGACUACAACAACCUACACAGGCUCCACCAUCAUUACCAGCACCCAGAUCACCACCACCGUCCAGGCCUUCACCCAGUGUGACGCGGCAGGCCAGCACAUAGUCACCAUCCUGCCCCCCACCUCCCAGAUCUCCACCAGCCCUCCCUCUGUGGUGGUGGCCUCCUCCCCUGUUCCCCCCUCCCCCACCGACUCCUACGGCUCCCAGCUCUUCAGCCCAUCCAGCUCCACCCGGGACCUCCUGGCCCAGAUGGAUGAGUCCAAGGAGGCCAGGGAGUGUGUUCCACUCCCCUUCUUCCGCUGGAACCUGUCAAGCUUCGCCCGGGACAAGUACGCUCCUCUUCUCCUAAAGCCAGAGAGCAAGGUGGUGGUCGUGGUCCUCUUCGUGGCCCUCCUGGGACUCAGCCUGUACGGAACCACCAUGGUCCAUGACGGACUCUACCUGACCGACAUUGUGCCCCGCGACACCAAGGAGUACGACUUCAUCAACGCCCAGUUCAAGUACUUCUCUUUCUACAACAUGUACCUGGUGACCAUGGACGGCUUUGACUACGCAUGCUCCCAGCGUCUCCUCAUACAGCUGCAUAACUCCUUCAUCUCGGUCAAGUACGUGGUGAAGGACAGCGACCAGCAGCUGCCCCGGAUGUGGCUGCACUAUUUCCAAGACUGGCUCAGAGGACUGCAGGCUGCCUUCGAUGCAGACUGGGAGGCAGGCAGAAUCACCUGGGAUAACUACCGUAACGGCACUGAGGAUGGUGUUCUGGCCUACAAGCUGCUCAUCCAGACAGGCUCCAAGAAGGACCCCUUCAACUACAACCAGCUGACUUCUCGUCGUCUGAUGAAUGAGGAGGGUCUGAUUCACCCAGAGGUCUUCUAUAUCUACCUGACUGUGUGGGUGAGCAAUGACCCUCUGGGCUAUGCUGCCUCUCAGGGUAACUUCUACCCUCAGCCUCGCGAGUGGAUCCACGACAAGUAUGACACCACCGGAGAGAAUCUGCGCAUCCCUGCCGCGGAGCCCCUGGAGUUUGCUCAGUUCCCUUUCUAUCUGAACGGCCUGAGGCAGGCGUCCGACUUCAUCGAGAGCAUCGAGAGUGUGCGCACCAUCUGCGAGGAGUUCACCCGUAAAGGUGUUCUCAACUACCCCAACGGUUACCCCUUCCUGUUCUGGGAGCAGUACAUCGGCCUGCGACACUGGUUCCUCCUGGCGGUCAGCGUGGUGCUAGCCUGCACCUUCCUGGUCUGUGCCAUCCUCCUGCUCAACCCCUGGACUGCUGGCAUCAUUGUCUUCAUCCUGGCCAUGAUGACGGUGGAGCUGUUUGGUAUCAUGGGCCUGAUCGGCAUCAAGCUCAGUGCCAUCCCAGUGGUCAUCCUCAUCGCCUCUGUGGGCAUCGGCGUCGAGUUCACUGUCCAUAUCGCACUGGCCUUUCUGACGGCCAUAGGCAAUAGGAACAGGCGUUCUGCGGUGGCCCUGGAGCACAUGUUUGCCCCUGUGAUUGACGGGGCCAUCUCUACUCUGUUAGGGGUCCUCAUGCUGGCUGGCUCCGAGUUUGACUUCAUCCUGAGGUACUUCUUCGCGGUGCUGGCUAUUCUGACCGUGCUGGGGAUCCUGAAUGGACUGGUGCUGCUGCCCGUGCUGCUCUCCCUCAUGGGCCCACCCCCGGAGGUCACCCCGGCCGACAACGGCAGCCGCCUGCCCACCCCAUCGCCGGAGCCCCUCCCCCCUCCCAUGACCCACCACGGCUACUACGGAGGACACGGUCCACAGGGCCCACGACAACAGGCCUUCUCAGAGUCGUCGGACUCUGAGUAUUACUCUGAAACGACUACCACAUCAGGAAUUGGGGAGGAGUAUAAGUACUGUGACUGCAGUCCUUACAUCACCCCUCCUACCUCUCAUAUACUACUGGAGGACAGCAAGAACCCCAGCUUCCCCAAACUCACGGUGGUGAAACCGUUCAAAGAGGGCCCGACCGUAACCCCUCAGAAAGAUCUCUUAAAUGAGUCUUCUCUGAAUGUGGUGACUUCGGUCAGCUCUCAACUCACGCAGUGGGAUAACAAACAUGAUUACAAAUCUGACCAGGGACCCAGGAGGCAACAUUUACCCAGUGACAGGACCCAGGGUCCUGAGAGGACUAAUCACUGUGGUCCCAGGUCUCAGACCAACAGAGGGCCUCAUCAGAACAGGACUAAGAUGCCGGCCUAUAAUGGCGGUACCGCGCCCAGUAGUGCUGUUACUACCAUGGUUACGGCCACAGCCUCUGUGACUGUGGCUGUGCACCCCAGCUUGCCGGGGGCCUACCAUGGGUACAUGCACGAGGGCUACGUGGACAGUGAAUCAGACUGUUUUGAGGACAUUAAGAGGACUUCACAAUCUUGUGGGAAAGCUACCCAAUCUUCCAAGCGUGAAUCCUUGGAGGUUGAAGACCUGGAAUCUGUACAGAACCAGCAUCAGGCGAACCAGGCACAAGUUGGCCCACGGAUCCAGGCAGCCAAAGAUUACUAGACACCCUGCUACCCCACCCUGCCCCCUAUGUCUGGAAUCCAUCUCUGGCUGGCAGCCUCUCACUUGGGAGCUCCCGAUACCCAGCCCUUUCACUUUCAA